AUGGCCCCUGAUGGCACGACUGGAAUCGAGUUUGCUUCUGCGCAGGAUAAGCUCGGCUUCACCGGCUCUUCAGCCACGAAUGGUGCUGUUGACUAUAUCGCUCGCUCCGAAAGCGACCACCUCAAUCACCCUGACUCACCUCCAGUCUUGCAACGUGAGAAUAGCUCGAACAUUGGCAAGCACAUGCUCGAAGGGGUGUACAGUGUAGAGGCUCGAACCGAACAGCCUCGGAAAAAAGUCAAGACCGACAACGAAUCUACAGAGGCGUCCUCAUACCAGCAUCAGAAGUUCAACUCAUCUGGCACUGGCAUCGUGGGCGAGUACAUGAACCCUGCAAAAGACGCCGAUGCUGCCGACAAGCCUACCCUCAUGCCGGCUGGUAUUGUCGAUCUUACCAAUGACGACGAAGACGAUGACGAGCUACAAGUCAUCGGUACCAACACCGUCGUCGAGAAACAAGUUUGCUACGGUGCUCUCUAUGCAAACGUUGAUGCACACCUUGUUCCGAAGCCAAAAGGAUCGAUGACGGGCUUUGGUGGCGCCGGCAAAGACCAGUGGCCGUUGAUACCUUGCACCCUGCGGCGACCGACAGAGGCCACCCGAGAUACCAUUGUUCAAGUAAUUGACCCUCAUGGUAAGUACUUCGCCAACGUCGAGCACAAGUUGGCCAAGGUUUUGGCUCCUGCUCUCAAUAUCUUCCCGGGCUUCCGAGUGGUAGUGCGCUUGUUGAAUCGCAGACAUCACCCGGGUGAGUGGCACCAUCAACCAUGCUCGCAGACCAUGAAGGUUACACUUGUCUUUUAUGGUCGUAAGUACGAUGCAGAGAAGAUUGGUCGCAUGUUUGGACAGGAAAACCUAUGGUUCAUCAACACGUCAUUCAAGGAGCCAGGCAUUGAGAUGCUCAAUCCCCAGAAGAUGCGUAACGUCCGUCAGACUCUGCAGCAGCAACAAGCUCGCCCAGCUGUCGCUCGGAGUGUGACGUAUGAUACGGUCUCACCCGAGGAAGCUGAACAGACUGUGGCCAAGAUCUUCAACCACUAUGCCAGCGAGAAGAUUGCAGAAACCGAGCCAGCGAACACGGUACUCACCUCGCUCCUCCCGCAUCAGAAGCAAGCUCUUACAUUCAUGCUGCGACACGAAAGCCGACGGACCUUUGGAGAGGAUGCAUCGGGAAACUCAACACUCUGGCACAAAAAGCACCAUAAGUCGGGCGCCGUCUACUACGAAGAAGCUGUAUCUCAGAUGACCUGCGCUACCGAGCCUCCUCAAGUCUAUGGAGGCUUACUAGCCGAUGUCAUGGGAUUAGGUAAGACAUUGGAAUCACUGACACUGAUUGCUGCCACCACCGCGGAGGCGAGUGAAUAUGCCAAGACACCGAUGGUGCGCUCCCACGAAGACAAGAUUGACUUCCGCGCAUACACCAAAGGGACUCUUAUCGUCUGUCCUAUGAGCACGGUCGCCAACUGGGAGAAUCAAAUCAAAGAGCAUUUGGACGGCGGUAGCAUCACGUGGUACACUCAUCACGGCAGCAAUAGAAUUAGGAACCCUUACGAGCUGUGCAAGUUUGACAUCGUCAUUACUACCUAUGGUACGCUACAGUCAGAGAGUCGCCAAGGCAAGGACAAUGCAUUGCGGUCUCUAAAGUGGUUUCGUGUUGUCCUGGAUGAGGCUCACACUAUCCGCGAAUCGUCCGCACAACAGUCGCAAGCUUGCUUUCAACUUGAAGCCCAACGUCGCUGGUGCCUCACCGGAACACCUAUUCAGAACAAACUCGCCGAUCUGGGGUCACUUUGUCAAUUCUUGCGACUAUGGCCCUAUGAUACUGCUCAGAACUUCAGCUACUACAUCGGCAAGCGAGCCGCGGACGGUGAUCCAUCGUUCUUGCUCAAGCUGCGGAUCUUCAUCGACUCUUUCACUCUACGACGUUUGCGAGACCAGAUCAGUCUUCCUCCUAAACAGGAUGUGAGACAAGGCAUCAAGUUCUCAGAAGCCGAGUUGAAGCUGCACACCUUCUUCCGAGAGCGAGCUCGGAUUGCCGUACAUGAGAUGACUAAAGACAAGGAGUCUAAGAAGCAGAACCUGCAGGUUUCUGUUCUCCAGGGCAUUACCACUUUGCGUUUAAUAUCUGCUCAUGGCCGAGACCUGCUCCGAGAAGCUGAUCUCAAAGACUACAAGGGGGCUGCUGCUGACGAGCCGAUUGAUCUUGACGACGGGGAUCCGAUCAAGACGAUAAACACGCUCGAAGCAUACAACAUGUUCAAGAUGAUGAGCGACGCGGAUUUUGACAUUUGUCGUAACUGCGAACGGGCGAUCGCAGGAGACUCGCCAUCUGCUGAGGCCGAGGACGACACUAGACCACGAGCAUAUAUCCUGCCAUGCCGCGACCUCCUCUGCUACGAUUGCUUCAAAGUCCAGAAAGGAUUGUAUGACGCGCAGGCUGACCAGACGGAGAUCCAAUGCCCCUUUUGCAGCUCUAUCACGGCUUCACAGUACAUUCCAAUUGAAGGAUCGGUCAGUGACACCAUUGAGCGAUUGCAGGAGAGCCGGGAACCAACUCCCGCCGGUGAGAAGUCAACAUACUCUGGACCUCACAGCAAGACUCGAGCGCUGAUAGAAGAUAUUCACACCAUGACGAAUGAGAGCAAGGAGCUGGAAGCAAAGGGUGAGCAGCCUCUCAAAUGUGUGGUCUUUUCCGAGUUUACCUCUCAUCUCACCCUGAUCGCGCGGGCGCUCGAGGACGGAGGCUUCCGUUGCGGCCGCAUCGAUGGCUCCAUGUCUCUACCCAAGCGGAAGAAGGUGCUCAAUGAGCUAGACAACGAUGCCUCAAUGACUGUUCUUCUUGCUUCGGUCAAAGCUGCUGGCCAAGGGCUCAAUCUCACUGCCGCCUCACGUGUUUUCAUCAUGGAGCCGCUGUGGAAUCCGGCCGCAGAGGCUCAGGCCGUCGAUCGAGUGUAUCGAAUUGGCCAGACACGCCCAGUUGUUGUCAAGCGAUACUUCAUGGAAGAUAGUAUUGAGACGGUGAUCAUGGAGUUGGCAGGGAAAAAGCAGGCGCUGGCCGAUGUGUCGCUGAACCGCAACCACAAGGCUCUGAACAAGAAAGAGCAGCGGGAGCAGCACUACAAUGCGAUCAGAGCGUUGUUCGAGGUGAAGAAACGAUAG